CCGAACUGUGCCAAAUUACACAAACCCAGCACAUACAAAGAAACAUCAACAUGAAAGAAAGAAAUAAUUUAUAGGCAAAUCAUCAAACACACGGUGAAGAUGGAGAAAGCUAGAAAAUUCGCGGAAAAGAAUUCAACUACCGACGACGAUGAUAAAUCAUCAGAUUCAUCAGUGGAAACUCUAACUAAUGAUUUCGUAGAAGAUAUAAGACUGGAAAGGGAGGACUCGUCGUCUUCCGGUGAAAAUUUCGUCAUAUCUAGAAUGAAAAAGAAGGUGCUUUAUUUAACAGAAAACCAAGAAAACGAGAGCCCCCGUAGAAUAAACAAGGUCACCAGACAUCCGACCUUACGACCAUAUUACGACAGUUCCCACGACAAAUAUCCCGACGCCUCCAGGUUGCUGAGAUCAAAAGUAAACGAUGAAGAAGAUGGACAUUACACCUACAAUCCAGACGAUAUCGAAAAUCACGCCAUCCUCAAAACCAUUAUGGUAGGUAGCGACUUUCAAGCACAAGUUCCAGAAGGUCUAUGCCAUUACGAUGACGCUCUACCCUACGAAAAUGACGAUAAACUAAUCUGGGACCCAUACGUUAUCGAAAAUUCAGUAGUCGAAGAUUAUUUAAAGACGGCGGAAUGUGUCAAUAAACCUCCUCUACCUCUCGGUAACCAUCUUAGAGAUAACGAACAAUACCUAUAUUUACUACAACAAUGCGGUCACAAUGUAGAAGAAGCCUUGAGAAGAUUGAAAAUGAACUUAAGCUUGGGGAAUGAAAAUAUGAUGUCACCAUGGUCUGAAGAGGAAUGCCGGAAUUUCGAAGCUGGUGUGCGCGCUUUUGGCAAAAAUUUCUAUCUGACCCAGCAAAAUAAAGUGCGCACCAGGUCGGUGGGGGAACUUGUGCAAUUUUACUAUUUAUGGAAAAAGUCCGAGCGACAUGACAUCUUCGCCAAUAAAGUGAGGCUGGAGAAGAAGAAAUACGCCUUGCAUCCGGGCGUCACCGAUUUCAUGGACAGGUUUCUCGAGGAUCAAGAUAGCAGUAUGAGAGACAGUAGUUCAUCACCGAAUACUCAAGUGGCCGAUGAUAAGAAAUGUCAAGUUAAUCAAAAUGUUAGUUCAAAGAGUGAAACGUAAAUUGUCAAUAAAGAUGUUUAUUUUACUAAAGAAAUGUUUAAUCUAGAUGAAAGAAAUAAAAUUAUAUAUGGGUAGGUAUGUAAGUAAUUUUUGAUUAUGUAAAUAUAUUUGAGAAUAUUUUUGUUUUUAUUCAGAA